AUGAAGCUAAAAUCGAUCGUUACCUGGACCAAGAGAACUCAUGAUAUCAUCGAGCUGAGACAUCUGGCAGAACUGGAGUUGAAAAAGACCGCCAGGUACGCCCUCGGUGAUUUCUGGUUUCAAGGCCACAGGUGUGACGCGUGCAUCAACGACCUGAAGAACGAGCAGACGAUGCAGAUUGGGCUUCACAUCAACAAGCUCGAGUACCAAAUCGGAUACAAUACUGCACUCGUACGCGAAGUUAUUAAGGAGAUGUGCAAGUUCUUUGACGAGGAGUACGAGAAGAGGCUCGCCUCGUUAAUGGCGUCGUCAUUAAGCGCCAAGAACACCUGGGAGCAGGCUUUUGCACAAAUAUCGCCAACACAGCCAUUACAGGAGCGGGAAGAUCUGAUACGCGGCCGCGACAUGAGAAUCUACAUCAACUACGACGCUUUCAACGCGCAAAUGAUCAGGAUAGCGGAAGACGCCGAAAGAUUUGCUUUGGCCAAGAUUAAGUUGUUGCACACUAGCGACCAACGGGUUCUGCGGGAGGAGAUCGAAGAAAUUGAGGGAAGAUACAACAGGACAAGCCCCACAAACGCCAGCCCCGACGACAAGAACAUCGUGAACAACAACGCUGAUGGAAAUGGGAACAGGUCUGGCACAGAAGAUCUCUACCCUAGGGUUGCUGAUCGCUAUGGCUUUUACGACUACCUUGCCCAGGGCGAGGUACUUGUCCAGUAUUCCCUGGCCUUCCUGGCGCCGAAUUUCCUCAUUUCAUAG